AUGUGGUCCCUAGUGCAAUACCGACGGAUCAGAAAGCAGGUCGAGCGCGAAUGGCAAGAGAAGGUACAGGAACAAGACCACACCCAAAAAACGAGUGUUUUUCGAGAUGUCGAAGCCAGCUCCGAAAGAGGAAUAUUGAAACGAGACAAUGGUAUCAUUGAAGAGGACUCUUCUGGGGAACGGACGGAGUCAGAGGGUGGCAGCCCCAGCGGCAAUGACAAGAUCGUGGUCGACCUCGCAGGAGACAAUGACCCUAUAGACCCUCACAAUUGGCCGCUCUCCUCAAGGUGCAAGAAUAUCGCCGUCCUGUGUCUGCUUAUAUUCUCCCAGGGGUGGGCGAGCGCAGCCGACUCCAUGGCAAACUCGCGGAUCAGUCAAGAUUACGGUGUGAGCAAGGUGACAGCGAAUCUCUCUCAAGCCUUGUACCUGUUAGGGAUUGGAUCCGGGUGCCUCUUCUGCGGUCCUCUUUCCGAGACAAUCGGAAGAAACCCCACAUACCUUGGAGCGACCGUCUGUUAUCUAUGCUUUGUGCUAGGUACGGCGCUGACUUCGAACCUGGGGGGACGCAUUGUGUGCCGAUAUUUCGUGGGCGUCUUUGCCAGCGCCACCCUAGGCAUCAAUGGCGCCAGUGUGAGCGAUCAAUUUCGCCCAGUCAAGCGAGCGUUCGCUUUCCCGGUCAUUGCGUGGGCAAAUGUUGCCGCUCCUAUGCUCGCGCCAGUCGUUGGUGGGUGGCUGGUUCAAGAUCGUGGCCGCGAUUGGCAUUGGGUUGACUGGGUCACACUUAUCAUUUCCGGCUUCGCCUUCAUUAUUGCUUUCCUCUUCCUUCCCGAGACAUACCUACCGGUUCUGCUGGACUGGAAAGCCACACAUCUUCGCCGCGUGUCUGGAUCUUCCAGGUACGUAUCCGAGCACGCUGAAAAAGCGUCGUUUCUCAAGCGUUUGCGCGAGGUUCUCCCAAUGCCGGUCGUCUAUUUCUCAAGCGAGCCCGUUGUUGCGGUCCUGGGCGGUUACCUAAUACUCGUCUAUGUCCUCAUGUUCUCUUUCUUAUCUGGAUUCGACUACAUCUUCAAAAAGACAUACGGGCUGUCCGACGGGCUGACGGGUUCGUGUUUCGCAUCCAUCGCGGCCGGUUCCACCUUUUUUACUCUAUCUGCGCCUGUCCUCUUCCGCUUAUCACGAAUCCACACGGACUUCGUGAGGCAGGCCUGGAUCAAGCCAGAGUACAGACUGUGGCCGGCCAUCGUCACGGCACCAUUGAUGCCUAUAUCCUUGUUCUGGCUAGGUUGGACCAAUUACCCCAGUAUAUCACUGUGGUCCGGUCUUGCAGCUUGUUUUUGCUUUGGCAUCGUGGCGACCGCAGUGUAUGUGAGCAGCUACGAGUACAUUGUCGACAGCUACACGAAACACAGCGCUGUAGCGCUGGCCAGCAUCACAAUGGCGCGGUAUCUCGUUGCCGGGACGAUGGUUAUGGCAGCAAGGCCCAUGUAUACAGGGAUUGGAGUGCACUGGACAAUGACUCUACUGGGGUGUAUUGGCGUGCUGCUGGCACCUGCGCCGUUGUUUUUCAGGUUGUAUGGGAAGAGGUUGAGGGCAAAGAGUGUUUAUGCAGAAUCAUAA